AUGGUGGUGGUGGCACCCCACAACCACGGCUGCACCCACAACAAUCAUGGCUGCACCCACAACAACCACGGCUGCAGCCACAACAACCACGGCUGCACCCACAACAACCACGGCUGCAACAACAACAACCACGGCUGCACCCACAACAACCACGGCUGCACCCACAACAACCACGGCUGCACCAACAACAACCACGGCUGCACCCGCAACAACCACGGCUGCAGCCACAACAACCACGGCUGCACCCACAACAACCACAGCUGCAACAACAACAACCACGGCUGCACCCACAACAACCACGGCUGCACCAACAACAACCACGGCUGCACCCACAACAACCACGGCUGCACCAGCAACUACCACGGCUGCACCCACAGCAACCACACCAUACUACAAUAUCAAUCCUGGGUGGUGGUGGUGGCACCCCACAACUACAGCUGCACCCAGAACAACCACACCAUACUACCCUAUCGCUUCAUGGUGGUGGUGGCACUCCAAAACCACGGCUGCACCCACAACAAUCACGGCUGCACUAACAACAACCACGGCUACACCCACAACAACCACAGCUGCACCCACAACAACCACGGCUGCACCCACAACAACCACGUUGAUGCGCCUGCUCCAUCUUGCCGUGUGGGAGACUACUUGCCACAGUUCCUGCACCCAACACCCGCCAAUGGAGAACGCCUCCAUGCUGAAGCCAACAAAGAGGUGGAGAUCAGAGUCAAAGCACAAGCUAACUAUGCAACACUAGAAGGUAUCAUCAUCAGUGGGCCCCUGCGUGUCACCAAGCACCGGACCACACAUAAUGAGUUUGCCAUCAGAUGGACCCCUGCCACAGAUGAUGUAGGAGAUCAUUUCCCCAUUUGCUUUGCUGCCGAAGCAAAAGCAGGGUCUCGCGUCUAUCAGUCUGAGAUGCGAUGUGUCUUGGUGGUUGUCGUGCAGGACAGUGUCAAAACCAACGUCAUCUGCCAGGAGUCCACCAUGACAGUAGAGGUGGAGAGAGCCUCAUUAUCUGGAAUUCGCGUGGAUCAUCUCCGGCUUAAUGAUCGCAGCAACACAGCAUGCAGCCUGCAGUCCCACUCCAACAGCACUCACAUCGUCGCUGUCAUCCCCCUCAACUCCUGUGGCACUCAGAUUGAGGAAGAUGAUGAUAACUUACUCUUCAAGAAUGAGAUCACCACCAUCGAUGAUGUCAGCACCCUCAUCACCAGGAAACACCUGCUGGAGGUGGAGUUCUACUGCCAGUACCCCAAGAGAGGAAAUGUGACACUGGGCUUCACCGCUCACAGGAGCAGCUUCACCAUGUGGGAGAAAGGCUUCGGCACGUUCACCUACGAGUUUGAGUUCUUCCACGGCAGCAGCUUCCAGAGAAUGAUGGAUCCCAGUUUGUACCCGCUGGUGUAUGAUGUGGGGGAGAGGAUCUACAUGCAGAUAGAGGCCAUAUCUUCCAUCAACAACACUGAGCUGUUUGUUGAGUCCUGCAGAGCUGCACCAUACGACAACCCAAACUACACACCCACCUACUCCAUCAUUGAAAACGGGUGUGAAGUGGACGCGACCACUCAAAUCCACUCACCGAACCACCAAAACCAUUUCAGCUUCAGCAUGGAGGCCUUCAAGUUCAUUGGGAAGCAUGACCAGGUGUACAUCAGCUGCUCGGUCAUGGUGUGUGAAGCAGGGAACCCCAACACCAGGUGCUCUCAGGGAUGCAUCAAGUCCACAUCUCCUCAGUCUUACAGUCACCAUCGUGGCAAGAGAGAGGCCAUCAUCCAAACUGCAAAGCACUUUGUUUCCCAGGGACCCCUGCGCUUGAGGUCAUCUGAGAGCACAGCGACCAACCUGAACCUGAACCUGAAUCUGGUAUUCAUCGCUGGAUGUCUUCUCGCAGCGGUUGGCAUGAUCUGUGCAGUGGUCAUUUACAAAAGCAAAGCGUCAAAGAUCAAAUAUCAGCCUUUGCCGUCAUUUGAAAAUUAAAACAGCAGUGUGUGCAGUGCAUCACAUGUGGUGACCACAGUGAAAAGCUGUGGGAGCCAACUUCUCGUUUGGACACUAUUUUUUUUCACAGUAUAUCAAAAUUGUGGUGUUGAAGUCUGUAUUUUCUCCUCUACUGGUAACUGAUGAUUUAUUAUGAAAAAAAAAUUGAUUUGUCUUACAUACGGGUUGCAGAUGACUCUGAGAAACUUUUUAUGUAUCUUUGUAUGUGCCUACUGUGUGUUUUUGUAAGCUAAAAGAGGAAAUACAUAGAAGACUGUGACUACAGGGUGAUCAGCAUGUAAUGCAGUUUCUGGGUGCUGUUUCAUUUCAU